AUGGAAGAUUUUCUUGAAUUUUCAAUUGUUCAUGAUAUGACUGGUAAAGGAUUAUCUACUUCUAUACUUCAGUUGCUAGAGAAAUUCGGACUUGAAAAAAAAUUUCUUGUAGGACAAGGUUAUGAUGGCGUGGCAUCGAUGAGUGGGCAGUUCAAUGGCGUCCAACAAUACAUAAGAGAGGCUGUUCCACAUGUGCUUUAUGUGCAUUGCGCUUCUCAUUCUUUGAAUUUGGCUGUAGGAAGUUCAUGUAAAAUCGUAUCAAUUAGAAACUGUAUUGAAACUGUAUCUUCAGUAAUAACAUUUUUCCGAGCUUCAUCGCAAAGAACAAAAACUCUAAUAAAAAUGUGUGAAACGCGAUGGGUAGAUCGACAUGAAAGCUUAAUUAGAUUUAAAGAAUUAUAUAAAGCUAUUUAUUAUGCAUUAAAAAAAUUAGAAGAGUGUUCAAAUAUAGAAACAUCACGUACAGCUUUUCAGCUUUCAAUUUCCAUUAAUAACUCAGUUUUUAUCAUAGCUUUACAUGUGAUUGAGAAGUUUUUUUCUAUAACUUUACCACUAUCUAUAGCACUACAAAAAGUAAAUAUUGAUUUGUCAUAUUGUUAUGAGCGAGUAACAGAUGUAUGUCAAAUAUUUAAAGAAAUUCGAGAAAAUGGCGAUGAUGAGUUUAAACAAAUAUUUUCUAAUGUAGAAGAGUCUAUGUUAGAAGGAAUUAUUGAGGUACCAAGAACUGUAGGACGACAAACUGCACGUAACAAUAUUCCAUCUGAUUCUCCGGAACAGUAUUACAAAAGAUCAAUAUUUUUACCGUUUUUGGAUCAUUUUAUUUGUCAAUUACAAGAUAGAUUUACUAAUCAUCAUCGUGUAAUGGCCAAACUACAAUCACUUAUUCCAAAUUUUCUUAAAAAUACAACUGAUAUAAAAGAUUUUCAAGAGGUAGCGCUUUUUUAUAAAGAUAUUUUACCUAAUUAUGAAACAUUCGACGCAGAAAUUAAAAUAUGGCUAGCUAAAUGGAAAAAUGUAUCUGAUAGAGACCGUCCAACUACAUCAUUGACUACUUUGUCUGCAAUGUUUUAUGAUUUUUUCCCAAACAUUCACAGUCUUUUGACAAUUAUGGCCACAUUACCUGUUACAACUGCUACUGCUGAACGGUCAUUCUCAACUCUACGGAGACUUAAAACAUACUUACGAAACAAUAUGGGAGAAACGAGACUUACUGGAUUGGCUUCACUAAACAUAUACCGAAAUGUUGAUUUAAAUGUGGAAGAAAUUAUCGAUAGAUUUGCAAUGUUACCACGAAAAUGGGAUUUUAUACUUUAG